AUGUCGCUGCUCUACUACAUUGCCUCGGGCGUGAGCACCUAUGUCGCUUUGACCGCCUCCCUCUUCCUCAUCGGCCUCGGCCUCAAAGUACCCCGUGCGAGCUUCGCCGCGCGCUGCCUAGCAGCCUAUGGCUCUCUCCUCAUCUGCGCGAUAUACGGUGUAGUCGCCUCGGUUGUCCUCCGGCUAGUGGGGUAUGGCCGGGUCUCACAAUGGGCCACCGCCCGCAGCUUCAAGUGGGUGAUGAGAUUCACUACCGGUGUGCGCUUCGAUAUAGUUGAGGGCCAGGAGUAUCUCUCUACGCGGCCCGCCGUGAUUAUCGGGAACCACCAGUCCGAGCUGGAUGUUCUCAUGCUCGGCGCUAUCUUCCCGCCUUACUGCAGUGUCACGGCGAAGAAGUCGCUCCGCUAUGUUCCCUUCCUAGGAUGGUUUAUGUCGCUCUCGCGGACGGUAUUUAUUGAUCGGGCGAACAGGGAAACGGCUGUGAAGGCCUUUGACAGCGCCGCGGAGGAGAUGAGGGUUCACCGCCAGAGUGUGUUUAUCUUCCCGGAGGGCACGAGGAGCUACUCGGACAAGCCGGAGCUUCUGUCUUUCAAGAAGGGUGCUUUCCAUUUGGCUGUCAAGGCCGGUGUUCCCGUUGUUCCGGUUGUUGUGGAGAACUACUCGCACAUCCUGGCUCCCAAGAAGUAUAGGUUCGAGGCCGGUUCGAUUAAGAUUAGAGUUCUCCCACCCAUUAGCACUGAGAACCUCACACCGGAAGAUGUUGACUCCCUCACAAUUUCGACUCGCGAGUCGAUGCUCAAGAACCUGCUAGAGAUGUCUGAUGCCGAGGAGGCCGACGGCUCUGCCUCGGUGCCGAACGGGAAGUCAACUGGUGUUGAACUUUGA